AUGCAUUGGUAUUUUCCACGUGGAUCUUCUAUUUUGAGCUUCACCGAUUCUCCAAAUAUUCAAAAUAUGAACGGAUUACUUCAUAUGCAUGGUCCUGCUGUCAAAAAACUUUUAGGUUGGAAAAUUGGAGAAGAUGAGGAGAAAUGGUGUGAAAAAGCAGUUGAAGCAUUGGUGAAAAAGUUAAAAAAGAAGAAUAAUGGAUGUGGAACUCUCGAAGAUCUCGAAUGCGUUUUAGCGAAUCCGAGUGCCAAUUCCAGAUGUAUCACUAUCCCAAAAAGUUUGGAUGGUCGAUUGCAGGUUUCCCACAAAAAAGGACUACCCCACGUAAUCUACUGUAGAGUGUGGCGUUGGCCAGAUAUUAAUUCACAACAUGAACUUCGAUCCAUUGAAACAUGCUCAUACCCAUAUGAAUCAAGUUCAAAGACAAUGUAUAUUUGUAUCAAUCCUUAUCACUAUCAACGACUAACUCGUCCUCAAGGAUUGAGUUCUUCAAUGCCAUCACCACAACCCAUUCCUUCGCCACCAAACACUCUCUGGCAAUCUGGAAGUUCCACAGCUUCUUGUGCCAGCUCACCAAGCCCUUCUGUAUUUUCAGAAGAUGGAGAAUUGCAAACCCAACAAAGACCGCCUCCGUUCAGACACCCAAAAUCUUGGGCUCAAAUUACUUAUUUCGAAUUAAAUUCAAGAGUUGGAGAGGUUUUCAAAUUGGUCAAUCAAAGUAUCACAGUCGACGGUUACACUGAUCCAUCAAAUUCUGAUACCAGAAUAUGUCUGGGUCAAUUGACAAAUGUUAAUAGAAAUGGAACAAUUGAAAAUACAAGAAUGCACAUUGGAAAAGGAAUUCAAUUGGAUAAUAAAGAGGCUCAAAUGCAUAUUAUGAUCAUCAAUAAUUCGGAUAUGCCAGUCUUCGUUCAAUCCAAAAAUACUAAUUUGAUGAUGAAUAUGCCGUUGGGAAAAGUGAAUCGAAUACCUCCUCACAGUCAAUUAUGUGCUUUCGAAUUCAAUUUAUUCUUCCAAAUGUUGGAACAAUCGUGCAAUGAUAGAGAUGGUUUGAAUGAAUUAUCAAAGCAUUGUUUCAUUAGAAUCUCAUUUGUAAAAGGAUGGGGAGAGGAUUAUCCACGUCAAGAUGUGACUUCAACACCGUGUUGGCUAGAACUUCGACUCAAUGUUCCACUCGCAUAUAUCGACCAAAAAAUGAAACAAACGCCGAGGACCAACUUGAAAGAACCGAACUCAAUGACAUAA